AUGGUCCAGCAACGCAGCAGCACGCGGAGUCGAGGAGUAGAAGCAAAACAGGAGGCGUGUUCCAAAGGCGGUUUGCUGUUGAAAGAUGGCACGGGCGAACCGGACUGGUGCAAGACGCCCAGCGGGCACAUCAAGCGCCCCAUGAACGCCUUCAUGGUGUGGUCUCAGAACGAGCGGCGGAAGAUUAUGGACCAGUGGCCCGACAUGCACAACGCCGAGAUCUCCAAGCGGCUGGGACGGCGCUGGCAGUUGCUUCAGGAUUCGGAGAAGAUCCCAUUCGUCAAGGAGGCCGAACGGCUGCGCCUCAAACACAUGGCGGACUAUCCCGACUAUAAGUACCGGCCCAGGAAGAAAGGCAAACUGGGCAGCGCCAAAGCUCGGUCCAGGGUGCCCGUCAAGAUUAAACCCUCCGUUCUCGGACGGGCAGCUUCGCCCCGGAGGCAGGCGCCGAAGCCGGAUCCUGAAGGCCAGGGGGGAUGCGCCUCUCCAAAGCCGGAUGAGGACCCCUUGGAAGCCCGCAUCCUGGAGGUAUCGUUUGACGAGGGUCCCAAAACCUCCAGCAAGGAAUUCUGGCACGUGCUUCCUACCGGGGGCGAGAAAGGAGAGUGGGAAGCCAACGCCGGCCAGGUCAAAGACGCCGAAGCCAGCGCGCUUGCGAAGCCUUGGUCCUCCUCCGACGUGUCUUCUCCUGCUUCUACGAGGUCGCCAUCGUCAUCAUCUUCUUCUUCCUUCGCCUCCUCGGACGACGAGCCGGAGGAAGAUCUUUGGAACGUCGUGCCCAGCCGUAUCCAGCCAAACACGCCCCCUUGCCGGAGCCCGGACUGGUCGGUCUUCGAUAAAGAUUUGGAUCUUUUUCCUUUGGGCGCCUCGUCUCAUUUUGAGUUCCCCGAUUACUGUACCCCAGAAGUGACUGAGAUGAUUGCAGGGGACUGGCUGAUGUCCAGCAUUUCGGACUUGGUCUUUACGUACUGA